GGGGAGGAGCAGCACCAGGACCCCGCGUCGGCUGGGCGCCCCACAAGGGAAGCCAGUCUUAAUAUGAUGGAAACAUCUCUGAACUUCUAAAAGACCAAGGUUGGCGUUUUAGCUCUAUUCAUUUUACUUCCUCUUGGAAUUCGCAAUGACAACAGUGACAGUGACCACAGAGAUUCCCCCAAGGGAUAAGAUGCAAGAUAAUUCUGCCUUGUGUGAGUCUACGUCUGCUCACAUUAUUGAAGAAACCGAGUAUGUGAAAAAGAUUCGAACUACCCUGGAAAAGAUCAGGACCCAGAUGUUUAAAGGUGAAAUAAGACAUAACAGUACAAAUCACAAACUAGAUGCAAAGCACUGUGGAAACCUUCAACAGGGCUCUGAUUCUGAAAUGGAUCCUUCUUGUUGCAGUUUGGAUUUGCUUAUGAAAAAGAUAAAAGGAAAAGACCUACAGCUCUUAGAAAUGAACAAAGAGAAUGAAGUAUUGAAAAUCAAGCUGGAAGCCUCCAGAGAAGCAGGAGCAGCAGCUCUGAGAAACGUGGCCCAGAGAUUAUUUGAAAACUACCAAACACAAUCUGAAGAAGUGAGAAAGAAGCAUGAGGACAGUAAACAAUUACUCCAGGUUAACAAGCUUGAAAAAGAACAGAAAUUGAAACAACAUGUUGAAAAUCUGAAUCAAGUUGCUGAAAAACUUGAAGAAAAACACAGUCAAAUUACAGAAUUGGAGAACCUUGUACAGAGAAUGGAAAAGGAAAAGAGAACACUACUAGAAAGAAAACUGUCUUUGGAAAACAAGCUACUGCAACUCAAAUCCUGUGCUACAUAUGGAAAAAGUUGCCAGGAUCUUCAGAGGGAGAUUUCCAUUCUCCAGGAGCAGAUCUCUCAUCUGCGGUUUGUGAUUCACUCCCAACAUCAGAACCUGCGCCGUGUCAUCCAGGAGAUGGAAGGAUUAAAAAUUAAUUUAAAAGAACAAGACAAAAGAAUUGAAAAUCUCAGAGAAAAGGUUAACAUACUUGAAGCCCAGAAUAAAGAACUAAAAACCCAGGUAGCACUUUCAUCUGAAACUCCUAGGACAAAGGUAUCUAAGGCUGUCUCUACAAGUGAAUUGAAGACCGAAGGUGUUUCCCCUUAUUUUAUGUUGAUUAGGUUACGGAAAUGAACUGGCUGGGUAAAGAUCCGAUUUAGAAAGACUGCGUGAGUCUUAUUUAUUCUUUGAAACACAGCACAAAUUUCAUGUUAACAUGGCCCAAUGCCAUUAUUUAAAUGGAACUUACUACAUACCAAUGGCUUUGCAAGAAGACGACAUUUCAGGAAAUCAAACAAAUAUAUAUUUAACGGAUGGACUCUUCAAAACUUACCAAAUAGUUGAAGAAACCAGGUGCCUUCUCAUGAUGGAAGACAAAUUCUGCUUUAAAUUAAAAAAAAAAAAAUCUGAAUCUUGUUUUCAGAUUUUUUUUUCUACUGGGACUGUUUUAAGAUUGUCAAUUCUGACUUUUUUAUAGUGAUUUUUAAGAGUAUAAAUAGAAGGGAGAGUGUAUAUAUAUAUAUGAAGGAACAUACAUUUCCUGCAUAUAUAUGUAUGAAGGGCAUAUAUAUGUAUGAAUGAGCAUACAUAUUUGCAAGUUGACUUUUGGAUGAUAAGAAAGAUUUUACAGUGACAUAAGUUCAUCUCCUGAUCCAUUGUUUGUGGGAGAAUUAUACUCCACUGAAUUAUGGGCAGGAGAAAGAGCAGAUUCCUUUUAGCUAAUUCCCCAACCCAUACACCCCUCUGGAGUUGAGAAUCAUGGCUGCCUCACAACACAUCAGAGAAAGACUGUUCUUCAGUAGUUCUGGGAUUAAAAAUUGGUUUCUAGAGGUAACCUGUACACACAAACACACAGGGAUGCACAUGGUGUCCUCUGCCUUUGUGACUAAUUUUCUUUUUGAUAUUUAUUAAUAGUAUCUAAAUAAAAUAUUGGGGGGAUAGAAAAAUAAUGCUGUUAGCCCAUACUUCCAUGAAAAUGUAUUUAUUAUACGCUCAAAGGAAUAAUGACUGCUGUCUGCAGCCAGAAAGAAUCUGAAUUCAUGAGUUGGAAAGAUAUAUAUAUAGUGUUUUUGUGAAGGUUUGCUUAAAUUCUGAUACAUGCCUUCUUUGUAGGUGGAGUUUGUGAUUGCAGUGAAUAGGCCAAAUUCUGACUUGCAGAAAUGCAGACAUACAGUCAGGAAAGAACAAACUUCAAUUAAAUGUAUAAUGAGAGACCUAGGUCCCCCUAAAGGAUGAAUUUCCUUUAGGACUUUGAUCUUCCUCUCUAGUGUAUCACUUUAAAUAUUUGCUCAGGAAAGAUGCUGACGCUUUCAUUGUGGAAUGUGAAAUAUCAGUGUUGUCUAUAAAUAUUGGAAGGUAUAUAAAAAUGAGAUGAUGUAAUGUAUUUAUAAAUUUAUCCAAGUACUGUAAUCCUUGAAUUGUUGUGUAACUAUGUGUGAGUUUUAUGCUUCAUGGUAUCUUUGGAAACAUUUUUAUUGCUUACUUACUUUGAAGGUAUAUUUAUCUGUUAACAUUUAGGGCAUAGUUACUUUAUGCCAGGAACAAGUCUAAGCACUUUACUUGUAUUAAUUUCUUUUAUCUUCCCCAAAGCCCUCAGAAGCAGAUUAUUCCUGUUCUACAGAGAAAGAUACUGAGAGUGGUUGAGUAAUUUGCCCAGCUGCUAACUGUGAAGCAAAAAUUUGAACCUUUUGACUUGGCUAUUGAUAUUCAUUCUACUUGCUCACAUGGUGGUCUAAGGAAUUUCCCAGCUAUAGAAAUCUCUCUCUUUUUGCCACUUUAAUCAACACAUAGCUUCCUGGAUGACUGCCUGUGUUAUUUUGUGGAUGACAGAAACAACAAAUACUGAUAAAAUCAAUAUUUUGCUGAAAUGAGUUGAUCUUUCCCCAGUUGGACUACCAUUGUGAGAACUCAGUUCAGACAAACUUCCCUGCUAAAAAUCUGUUUAUCAUACAUUUAUUAUUUAUGACUUUAUGUCACAUUGAAGAAUUUCUUCAUGAUACAUUUUCAGGCACACUUGUAGGAAAAUUAGGAUCACGAAUCCUGCUUUAAGUAUUUGCAGUGUAGUAAGAGAAUCCGUCUUUUACUAGGAGACCAGAUUCCUUUUAUACCUCAUUCAUCAUGCUGGAUUGUAAUAAAUUUCAGAUUUUGGAAUGGGCUUAUUUAACUGACCUAACAAUCUUGAUGAUUUCCAUUAGAAUAACUUGUUCUAAGGUCACAAGUGGAAAGACACUGUUGGUUUUUAUUUUGAUUUCACUAUACUCAUUUUUGAACAUGGAAAUACAUGGUGAAACCACCUAUGCAAAAAUGACAACAGUGAGAAAAUUAUGACAGUGAAAGAGAUCUGACCUAACUAACUAUCUAGCUUGCCUCCAAACUGCCCUUGGUCAUUCCUGAGUGUGGGCCAAGCUAACUUUGGGAGAAAUUUACUUUACAGGUUAAAUUAUAAUAGCCCUUCCAAAAACUAAACUAUUUUCCUGCCUCAGUCUCUCUAGUAGCUGGGAUUACAGGCACUCACCACCAUGCCCAGCUAAUUUUUGUAUUGUUAGUAGAGAUGGGGUUUUGCCAUAUUGGCCAGGCUGGUCUUGAACCCCUGGCCUCAGGUGAUCCAACUGCCUCAGCCUCCCAAAGUGCUGGAAUUACAGGCAUGAGCCACUGCACCCAGCCCAGUUCUGCACUUCUGAUGACCAGAUGGCCCCACCUGCACAAGCAACUCCUCUGUGGCUCCCACCCAAAAGUGGACUCAGUGCAAGAGGACCAUUGUCUGCACUCCUAUGAUUGCAUCCCCGACCAGUCAGCAUUUCCCAUUUCCCCAAGACCCCUGCCCACCAAACUAUACUUGAAAAACCCUAGCCUCUGAGUUUUCAGGGAGGCUGAUUUGAGCCGGCUUUAUGUGUAUUGAACUGUUUCUCUAUUGCAACCCCCCUGCCAUGAUAUGUUAGCUCUAUGUAGUCAGAGGGCAAGAUAAACACACUGGGAAGUUACAGUGGAACAUACUACAGAUGAGACCUGUUCAUGACAUCUCCAGGCUUGCUCUGGAAAUCUUUGGAUUUCCUGAGAAUAAAAAUAAGCCAUUUCAGAGACCCCCCAAAAGUCCGAAUUCUUCAAAUAUAACUGUGUCUUUAUAAUACCAUCAGCCUUAUCAUUUAUUUGUCAUAUAUGGAUUGUUUCCUAUAUCCACUAUCAUAAAAUUAUCAUUUGAAAUGCUUUUUUUUAAAUGAAAAAAAAAAAACACUUCUCACUGAAAAAACAAGAUUACAAGGGGGAAUAAUAUUUAUUAAGCUAAAAUAGUACUCCACAGGAAAUAUAGGAAAAGAAACAUUAGUUCAGUUUUAUUCCAAAUAAAUGUACUUCUAAUUACACUCUUGAAUUUGUUGGAUAAGAAGGUCUGAGGUGGGUCUGAAAUUCAUACGUGAAGUCAGGAAAAGAAACUUAGUUCUACCUUGAUUACAUAUGUUGCU